CUUCCCCAAAAUGAUGCCUGUCCAUCCCCAAGGACUUCCCUCCCCUGUCAUGUCGGCCAAGGUCCCUGUUCCCUGCCCGGCCUCUCUGUUCUCUGGGCUUGUCUGCGUCUUCUCUCACUUCUCUCCACACACUCCUCCUCCUCCAGACGCCCUCCAGACGCCCUCCGCCUUCUUCUCCUCGCUCUCUCCAGUUGCUUCCCUGCCCCGAGGUCCCAGUUUUAUUUUUUUCCAACAGUGCUACUGUGGUAUGUAAUGUACGCAGUGUCCGUACUUCACAGGUACCCAGCACCUUGUCCCUGCACUGCUCAGCCCAUCCUUGCUGCUGGUGCUGCCGUUGCUACAGCCUGCAGCUAUGGGACAGCAGGAGCACUCCGUCCCGCCCAGGAGCACCAAAGCACCAAGCACUAAUAAGCACAGCACAGCACGGCAGAGGCAAGGAAGUCCAUUUCAAGUGCUACUCGCCGUACGUGCGUGUCCCAACGAGUCACUGUGUGUUGCCCUGUGCUUCCCCCGAGCUACCACAGUACCUUGGUACUUGGGGUACGUACCCACCGUGUGUGCCGUGCACCCACCCAACCCUGGCAUCCCUGCACCCCUACCACCUUAUAGCCAUCCUUGUAGCCUUGUAGCCCCGUACCCAUGUACCGUCCCGUGAAACCCGCCGCACCACCAAGUAUGUAUGUUUAGCCUCUCCUCCUCCUUCUUCCCGUCCUCUCACCACCUUGAGUUUGUUUCCAAUUCCUCCCUCCUCCGCUUCCUACUACAUCUCACCCUCCACGCGGCCACCAGCUGAUCGCCUCCUUCCUGCCUCUCCCCGUCGACAUCAGAGAGAAAAGAAGCAUAGACGUGUUUUCCGGCCUUGCUCGUCUUUCUGGCACAACAUCGUUUCUACCGUCAGCAUCGAUCUGUCGCAUUCCACCCGUCGCCGCUGCGUCCACCCAAGCCUGCCGUUGGGAGAAACAAAGGACGGACGGACGGACGGACGGAAAAGAAGGACUCCUCCACAACACCAUAAUACUGCAAGGAAGGAGCAGAGGAUAGCCGUCAACGACAUCCUGUUCGCCGACGCAACGCCUCUCUAGCUGCCGUCGUCGUUGCUCUCUCCCACUUCCUCUCGUACGGGCCAUUCCCGUGAUCCACGCAUCGCAUCACAACACUCGAUACUCGAACUCUCGUCAACCGGCGAUCGAGACGAGUUGACUCUUAAUUCUUACCGCCAUUUCCGAGACUUGCUCAGUUGCUGGAAUAUUGCCUGUGCAUCUUCUCUCCUCGCCCGCUCCUGCCCUUUGCUUACUGCCUGAUCCGCUUUGCUGCGUCGAUCAGCUGUAACACCGAAGCAAUCGAUUCCCCCGAUGCUUGCACUGGCCCAGCCUCUGGUUCAGUCUACCACAUUUUCCCCAUACAAUACCCCAGCCGCUGGGAUGCCGUACACGCCCCCUAGCAAGUCUCCUGCCUCGUCAGCUCCCACAUCGCCAGACACCAGCCGCCGAUCGUCUCUGCAGCAAUCACCCGGCGGCUCUCGUCCCGUUCUGCCUCGGUCCGCCUCAUACCUCACCAAGCACCGAAGAACACCGUCUGCCGUGGGAGCCAGCCAUGGCCCAAUAAACCAGCCCUCGCCCGAGGCCACCGUGGCCGACCUCAAGGGCAUGCUUAGCCACAGCGUCCGCCAGUCACCACCCCCCGUCACUGACGGCCAGACAAUGCCUACCGGCGCCGUUAUCUCGCCCCCCGAGUCAUCAGCAUCCAGCGACGACGACGACCUUCCCCAGAUGCGUGGCCGCCGCACUGAGAACCUGAAGAAGCUGCACGACGCCAUCAGCCAGAUCCCACAGCACCGUGAGGGCUCUCCCAACAAGACACAAGAUGUCGUUGAUGCUGGGGAUCUGCUUCUUCUCCCUUCACAAGCUGACAAGAUCACCGAUGGUGUACACCACAGCUUUAGCGCGAGCUCGUUGGACGACCUAGCCCAUGCCCGCAGAACCCAACACAACAGGUCCAUGACGAUGCCAGACGUUGGUCUUUCCAAGUCCGCCGAGGCCUCGAUCACAAACUCGGAAGAGGAGGACGAGGAUGAGCUCAUCCCAAGACCUCAGAUGCUGCGCAAGAAGUCUGGCGAGCUUGUGCGCCCCGCCCUGCGACCCGCCUCCCGCCGCAGGCCCUCCAGCAUGCCAGGCACACCUACCUUCUCCAAGGCUGUCCACUUCGAUUCUCAUCUCGAGCAUGUCCGCCACUUCCUACAGGUUGAUCGUCCUCUUGCUGUCAGCGCAGGGUCCUCACCGGUCGACAACUAUGACAGUGACACCGAAUACCCCUUCGGUAAUGAGGACAAGCACGGUGCCCGAUCUCCCCCAUUUGAGUGGGAAAUGGUGAUCCACAACUUCCCUACCGAGACACCUGCACGGAAAUCACAGCCAGUUCGCCUGGAACGGGUCUGGCUUUCCAAUGAUCACAAGUUCUUGAUCGGCUCGGUUGCCGUUGCAAACAUUGCCUUCCAGAAGUCGGUGGUCUGUCGAUUUACUCUGGACUACUGGAAGACGACCUCCGAGGUCAACGCCGAAUAUGUGGCAGAGGUGACGCCCCGAUUUGCUGAGCACGGCCAUGACCGAUUCAACUUCAGCAUUAAGUUGGCUGAUCUGGCAAACCUCGAGUCCAAGACACUCUACUUCGCCAUCAAGUACACCGCUGGAGGCCAGGAGCACUGGGACAACAACAACGGCCCUAACUUCCAGGUCGACUUCCGCAAGAAGAUGCUACCCCAGAACGGCAAGAAGGGCGCGAUUGGUGCCGCUAACAGGCCCGCGCACUCUCUUCCCAGGAGCAACCGCCGGUCAAAUCCCUCUGCAGCUCCACGGCCCAAGUCUAUGCCUGUGGGCUUCGACGACUUCGGUGACAGUCCCAAGGUUAACUUCGAUCAGUCGAUUCACGAGUACCUGGGGGAGCCCGGUCCUGCACUGCGGCUGAAGAGCUCCAAGUCCACCACUAGCAUCCCCAGCGACAACCUAUCCAACCGACUGUCAGCCCCGAGCGGACAGGCUUUCUCAAACAGAUACGACUUCGGUGCCUCCCUUACAGCCGCGAUGCAGGCGGCAAAAGACUCAAUGAGCAAGCCCGAUGCCUUGCAAAUGAAGUCACGCCGUCAGAACCCAUCUCUGACCACAGCCAACAUGGGCGGAAAGCCCAUUUCCCAGGACCAACAACCCACCGCAACAAAUAAGGCCUUGGCUUCUGCCAAGAGCUCAAUGCCGGCCGUUCCUGGCACCGGGUCCCCUGGGGCAGCGAGCAUCGCGUCGUCAUCAUACGAGGAAAUUGUCAACAAAUACUGCUUUUUUGGAUCGAAGCAGUCAAGUCCUCAGAUGAAGGACGGUACUUUGGGAGGCGGGAAGUUUGAUGGUACCGAAGACGCCCUGGCACGCGGGCUGAACAGCAGCGGAUCCAGCAACAGCGGAAGCCCCCUGGCUUUCGGCUCGCUGCCGCGCGGGCGUGGGUCUCAACGACAGUGGGCCACUUCGGAUCCCAACCCCUACUUUCAGAACUCGGCCGUGCUCCCUCCCGUGGGGGCCUCCCCGAACGUCUCGCCCCUCGGCAACACCAUCGUCCGAACCGACAGCCCCUCCAGCGGGCAGCCACGAUCCUCGCCUUCGGUGAUGGGCCAGUCCACCGGACGAACGGCUUCGCCGGCGUCCAUGGUAGGUGGGUUCCAACCCUUCACCGGUACGUCGCCAGAUGAGUUUGCGAGUUACAUGCACGAUCGAUUUCCAUUCUCCGGUCCCGACGCUCAUUCUGCGACAGCAAUUAGGGGCAACUAGCGGGUGAAGACCAUGGCGGAUUCUCGCACACACUCGCACCACACGGUCGAGAAUACCCUUCACCAGUGCAUGCUGAACAAUGGCUCAUCAUCGACCACUAUUCGCCUCGCCAUAACUCUUGUCGGUUUGGAGUGGGCUGCACGAUGCUAUCGGGCUCUGUAUCGGCUUGGUACAGACCAUCACUUUCCUCUCUGUUUUUUCCCAGCAUUUUUCCGGUUUCAAGGCGUUUUGGAAUCGCAGCGAAGCGAAUACUGUCACGGCAUGAAUGAACGAUGACCCCGAGCAUACGAAGGGCGGGGGCGUCUAAAUUGAUUUCAGAGGGAAAAGGAUAAUACUCGGCGGUUGGUUUUCAGGUUCUAGGGUGCAACGGGUCCACAAAAAAAAUCGGCGUUCAGGCAGGGUCAUCAUACCUAGGGUUGCUUUUCGAGUUUUUUUCCUCCUCACAUUGCUGCAUUCUUUCUCACUCAAUCGCUUUCUGCAUCUGGGCCCAUCCAGCUUUGCUAGCGUGUCAGUUGGGUUGGUCGUGUUGGACUGGGUAUCUUGGACGGGGCCAAACAAUGGCGGGACGCACGAGGCAUCAUCUGUAUAGCCAGCAAGCAAGCAUGCAAGCAAAGCACACUGUGUCACCACUUCAGUUAUACGUUAGCGGGACGGGGCCUGUGUUGGGUUGGUCCUAGGACGGAAGCAUGGAAGGCAGGACGGAAGCAUGGAAGGCAGGACGGAAG